GCACUAAACUCCAAGGGCAAGAACCGCGUGCUCGGCCGGCUGUAUAGGCGCCGGGUGCUACUAGAGUACUGGUAGCGUUACCCGCCAAGCUCAAGCCAGUAGCAUCUCUUCUCUUGGUUGCAUCGGCUUCACCGAGGAGGACACCAGAAGGAUGGGCGCGAGCCGUCUCGAGCAAACCAAUGCUCUCUUCAGGAAAAAUCUCGCGAUCCAGAGGCGCGCGUGCAAGACGAACUGCUGCCUGAUCCUGUUCCCGCUGCUCCUAUGCUCAGUCAUCGGAGGCAUGCAGAUUGCCAUCAACCGUGCAUUGUCGACGGAAGGCCCAACUCAUUUCGAUUGUGGGUGCAGCAAUGUCAGCAUAGACGAGAACGCACUAGGAGGCAUGGAAUGCCCAGACGGGUGCCCGUUGCCUCGUGCGCCCAAAUGGCCUCCUGUUUUGCAGAUUCCAGUGCCCGAAUACCGGGCGGUCAAAGACGGGCUCUUCCCGUUCAGCGAUCUCCCAGACGCGUCAUGCAGAGCCGCAGGGUCUUGCGCGGCAACGUUUCUUGUGACCGGCGGCAACCAGUCGUUUGUAGGAAGUGUGAUGGACAACAUGUUACCUGCUCAUAAUGCUUCAGUGAACCUGUCGGCCGACGUUUCUGCACUAGCUGAAUUUGUUCUGGCAGCUGAUGGGUAUUCUUCUGUGCCAAUGACAUAUUUUUAUGGACCUGGAGCUAGCACCUUUCUUCAGAACAAAUGCGUUCCAAACCUGACACUUUCUUUUGCAUUUCAAGAUGGCAAUCAAACUGAGACUCGAGAUGUGCAAUGCACGGAAGGAUUAAUGCUCUGGCGCAACAGUUCGUGGCUCAUUAGUGAUGAACUAUAUAGAGGUUAUUACCAAGGGAAUAAUAAGAACAAGACCAAUGAAAUAGUUGCAGCGUAUGACUUCUUAAGUUCUGAUCAGGCCAACUUUAACUUGGUCAUCUCAUAUAACUCAACAAGCAAGUUUGAUGAUUACUAUGAAGCAGAUAUCCCUCUUAUUCUUAAUCAAGCAGGAUCAUUGCAAGUACCUAGAUUGGUUCAAGUUCCACGAUUAACUAAUAUGGCCUCAAAUGCAUACCUUCAUUUGAGGGGAAAUGGUCUCAAGAUGUCAUUCGAUUAUGUCAAAGAAAUGCCUAGAUCAGCUAGAUACCCGGGUCAGUUUGAUAUAUCUCCAUUAAUAGGUCAGCUGCCUUUUGUAUGGACUAUGGAGCUUCUUUUUCCGGUAAUUUUAACCAUCCUUGUAUACGAGAAGCAAAAGAAGCUAAGGAUAAUGAUGAAGAUGCAUGGUCUUGGAGAUUUGCCAUAUUGGACUAUAUCAUAUUGCUAUUUUCUUCUAUUGUCACUGCUUUAUGUGCUGUCCUUCAUUCUAUUCGGUUCUGUCCUUGGUUUAAGAUUCUUCCGUCAGAAUAACUACGGCAUACAGUUUGUGUUCUACUUUACUUACAUGAACUUGCAAAUUUCAUUUGCAUUUCUUAUGGCAACAUCCUUCUCUAGUGUGAGGACAGCUACUGUGCUAGGAUAUUUUUACAUAUUUGUGUCCGGCCUUUUAGGAGAAUUUUUGUUCAGACCCUACGUUGAAGAUAUUUUGCUCUCAAGAAGCUGGAUCACACUUAUGGAACUUUUACCUGCAUUUUCGCUGUACCGCAUUGUCUAUGAGUUUUCACAAGCUGCACUGCUUGGGAAUUAUAUGGCCUCCUCCGGGAUGCAGUGGAUCGACAUGAGUGAUCCUAAAAAUGGAAUGGCAAGUGUUUUAACCAUAAUGGUACUCGAAUGGCUUCUCUUCCUUUUAUUAGCAUUCUAUUUGGAUCACUUUGGUUCCUUACAAAAUGGAUUGAGAAAAGCAACAGCACAUUUUCGCUCCCGCUUAGAUAGGAACUGUUUUCAAGCUGCUCAACAGCAGAAUGUACAGCUUCAAGAGUUCAGAGGUGUUGAAAUGGAGCGAGCGGAUGUUAUCAAAGAGAGAGAGAUAGUUGAUCAACUCUUACAAGAAUCCAAUAGUAGUUAUUCAGUCAUAUGUGACAACAUCAAGAAAGUGUAUAGUGGAAAAGACGGAAAUGCAGAGAAAUUUGCCGUUAGAGGGAUAUCGCUUUCUCUGUCACAUGGCCAGUGUUUUGGUGUUCUUGGUCCAAAUGGUGCUGGAAAAACCACUCUUAUUAACAUGCUGACUGGAUUUACUAAACCUACAUCUGGCACCGCGUAUAUUGAAGGAAUGGACAUACGAGCAGACAUGGGCCGAAUUUAUACAGGAAUUGGUGUUUGUCCACAGGACGACUUGCUAUGGGAAACACUGACCGGUCGAGAGCAUUUGAUGUUCUAUGGCAGGCUUAAGAAAUUGAAGGGUGCAACAUUAGCUGAGGCCAUUGAACAGUCUUUGAGAAGUGUGCGUUUGUUUGCCGGUGGUGUUGCUGAUAAGCUUGUGGGGAAAUACAGUGGGGGUAUGAAACGUCGCCUCAGCGUUGCGAUCUCUCUAAUUGGUGAUCCGAAGGUUGUUUUUAUGGAUGAACCAAGUUCUGGCUUGGAUCCAGCAUCAAGGAAAGACUUGUGGAAUGCUGUGAAGUCUGCCAAACAGAAUAUGACAAUAAUUCUCACAACGCAUUCAAUGGAAGAAGCCGAAGUUUUAUGUGACCGGAUAGGAAUAAUCGCCGACGGUAGCCUGCAGUGCAUUGGGAAUUCUAAAGAGCUGAAAGACAGAUAUGGAGGCUCAUGUGUACUCACCGUAACAACUGCGGCCGGCAACGAGGAAGAGGAUGGGGUGGAGAGACUAGUCCAGUCCAUCUCGCCUGCGGCGAAUAGGGUGUACCGCAUCUCUGGGACGCAGAAAUUCAACAUGCCGAAGCAGGGGAUGAAGAUCUCUGAAGUGUUCCAGGCCAUGGAGCAUGCAAAGAGCAGGCUGAACAUCCUUGCCUGGGGCCUGGCUGAUACGACGCUGGAAGAUGUGUUCAUCAGAGUUGCCAAGGAGAGUGACAUAUCCACUGUUACCUGAUUGAUCGCAGAAAGUUAUCUGAGGGUUUCAAGUUGAAAUAUAUUGCAACAGAUAAAACUUGGUUCAUCUGUAACAGAUAAAGAACUACUGCAACAUGAAUAAAUAUCUGUUGCAACAAAAAGGACGGCAUGGGGCAACAAAUAAGAUGGCCUUUAAAAUA